AUGAUACUCGAUGCUUGUGCAUUGAAAUUAUCUAACCCAUCAUCACUAACAUCAUCAUUAUCAUUAUCACUAUCACUGUCAUCAUCACUGAUGCCCAUAGCAGCAGAAAAUCUCGACCAUUUUCUGAAUAUGCAAAGCAUAGUAGAUUUAGGUGGAGAAUCAUCAACAGCUUCACCUAAAACUCAAACAUUCAAUUCAUCAAUUGAAGAGGAUUGUGAUAAUAUGACGAUACCGCCUACACUUACUGGUGGAGUGCUUUGUAAUGGUUGUGGAUUUGAGAUCAAAGCAAAGUAUAUGGUAAAGGUUGAUAACAAUUGUUGGCAUGAAAAUUGUUUGAUCUGUUGUACCUGUCGGAUUCCGCUUAGAGGUUCAACAUGUUAUUCACGUAGUGGACAAUUUUAUUGUAAGGAGGAUUAUAUAAUGUAA